AUGUCAGAAGAAGUACAAAUAAAAGGUAGAACAGCAAGGCAAGGUGAUUAUGGUUCUUAUAGUAUGAUUUUACUCGAUAAAGAUGUCGAAAAAUAUCAAAUAGAAUGCAUUGAUAUUGAAAAUUUUAGAAAUGGUAAACCAGUUAGAGCUCUUGCUUUAACUACCACCGAGAAUAUAACAGAAUCAUCUAAGAAAUAUGAUUCUGUAUAUGAUCUUCUUGAUGAUAGACGUACGAUAUUUUUUAAAACUAAGUAUGAAGCUAAUAAAAUAUAUGUCGAAGAAGCAAGAAAAAGACACAAGAUCGGCCUAAAAUUAUUAUCAAGUAUCAAAUCGGGUAAAAUCGAUGCUAUAAGACGAAUUUUGAUUGAAGAAAAUAAAGGAGUUGAAGGUAGUUCAGUUUCACGAACUAUUUGUCUUAUGGAUGCAACGGGUUCUAUGAGUCAUCUAUUACAGAAAUCUAAGAACACGGCUGAUAUCAUGUUUAAACGUGCUUCGACAAUAUUAAAUGAGAAUAAUAUUGAUUCAGACUUAUUUCAAAUUCAAUUUGUAGUCUAUCGAAAUUAUUGUUGUCGAGAGGAUAAGAUUCUUCAACAUUCUCCAUGA